AUGGUAUGGUAUGGUAUGGUAUGGUAUGGUGUCGCGACAACAGUUUAUUUCGUUGGCAAGUCACCAUUUUUCAAUCACGACAGCUCCUCUUCCGCAUGGGCCUUAUGCGGCACUGCCACCAAACCACCUUUUUACAAGGCCCCUCCUGACGACUUCAUAGCCAACCACCUAGCCAACUACCUAGCCAACCACCUAGCCAACCACCACACAGUCGUCACAAAGGGGCUAGCCUUGCUCCAUGCCACACAGCUGACAGUCACCGUUGCGCAAUGGACAGCGAUAUACAUGUCAUGCCAACGAAGUACAUGCCAAAGUACAUGCCAUGUACUCGCGCUCUGCCGGCUCGAUAACAACAUCUGUCUACUACACCUGUACGCCUUUGCGAAGACGUACAUGGAGCACAUGGCCUGGCUCGGUUACCGCGACACGCUGCCACCUCGCUCCGCUACCACACACCGACUUCUACACGUACAACUGCAAACACGAACACAAAGCGGCACCAUCUCAUCAGCAAGGACAAGGCUAUGGAAUAGGUGCACGACCGCUGCAGCUACCUCCCAAAACUGA